AUUUUUACGUUGUGACUAAGAAUGAGUUGAAUCAUCGCAGUACACUCUGUUACGAUCUGUUUUAAAUUUAUCAAAUAUAUUACUUUAUUUAUUUAUUUUUCACAUUUCUUUCUGCUAGUGCAUGUAAAAAAUAAAAUAAUAAUUUUUAAAAAGUCAGAUGGAAAGAAAAUAUCUUUCUCUGGUAAAUGACGUGUUGUAGAAGGGAAGGAAGAAAAACUAGACCACUUCUGAUCUGUAGGUUCACUAUCGCUUCAGACUGCUGUGUCGACGUCGCUGGAACACAGCUGCAGUGGAGAGACAGGGGGAAGGGACUUGACUGUCAGUCGGUGGAGGUGCGAGUAACCACAUUAACACAGACUGGGGAGACUGAGGAGGGUGCUGAACUCUGAGGUGCUGGUGGACAACCUAACUAACAGAAACUAGAACAAAGACUACAGAGUUUUACUAGAGGACAACCUAACUAACAGAAACUAGAACGAAGACUACAGAGUUUUACUAGAGGACAACCUAACAGACAGACUUGAGAGAGUACGUAGGCUACACUAGGGUGGAGGUCAAGGACUGUUUGAUUAUCUCACACACACAGAGAGAGAGAGAGAGAGAGAGAAAAUGGAGGUGGUUUUCAAGGAGGGGAUGCUCUACCUUAAGGGAAACAAGUUUGGAAAGAAAACGUGGAAGAAAAUAUGGAUGGUUCUCUACCCCCCUAGCGUUUUUGGCAUCGGUCGAGUCGAAUUUUACGACAUCCUUGACGGAGGCCACACGUCCACCGGCUCCAAAUCCAAGUCCGCCCAGAGUAGGAAGAUUGUUCAGCUGUGUGACUGCCUCAGUGUUACCCUGGUCCCAGACGAGAGCUACCCUCCAGCUCUCCCUAACGAUGACUGUAGAGCGUUCGACCUGAACACGACACAGAGAAGAUACAUCCUGGCCUCAGAGAACUACCAUGACUGGGUGGGGGCUCUCUGCCAACUAGCCUUCCAGAAAGAAUCUGGACACACAGAGAGAGGAGAGAAGGAGAGAGGAGGUGGGGUGGGGAUUCCCAUGGAGGAGAAUGAACUGUAUGCUACCUGGAAGACAGCCCAAUACCAGGUGACAGUUAAGACCAAUGAGGCAUCGAGGAGAUGUCAGCUGACAGGAAGUUACCUCCUCUUGCCAGAACGAGACGCCUUAUUGCUCCAGGACCUCCAGACUGGUGCGACCGUCUACUGCUGGCCCUACCACCUCCUACGACGCUUCGGACAGGUCAAGGGGGGCUUCAGCAUCGAGGCGGGCCGUCGCUGUAGCUCGGGAGAGGGUCAAUUCACCUUCCUGUCUAAGCAUGCUCCUCAGAUCUACAAGGCCAUGGAAGAUGCUCUUACCCUGCACAGCGAGAUGGAGAAUGAAGACACCAAAACCUCUAUCCAGCCUCCUAGCAACUCAUCCUCUCCACAACUUCCUCAUUCUUCCUCCUCUCCUCAUCCUUCACGUAACUCAUCGUCUCCUCAACUUCCUCAUUCUUCCUCCUCUCCUCAUCCUUCACGUAACUCAUCGUCUCCUCAACUUCCUCAUUCUUCCUCCUCUCCUCAUCCUUCUUGUAAUACCUCCUCCUCCUCUUCCCAUCACCCUCCUAUCAAACACAGAGUCCACACCCACCCCCGCACCGACCUAUCAGACAGACCCGCUGCCCCUCCUCUACCAAUGAGAAACAACCUCUUACCCAGCCCUCCAAUCAUAUCUCCUGUUACUGAACAGGUUCCGGGGCCUGAGCCAAUGGCUAACUCUGAUUGUGAUCUGUAUGCCACUAUAGAGGACAACCUACUCCCCAGAAUGAAACACCCGCCAGCCCCACUCAGGAUGCAGCACAGCCUGCAUCUCUAUGAUGAGGAAGAGGAGGAAGAGAGGUGUCACUCCCUGGAUACUGUCGACCUGAACAAACUGAGGCUGGGUACAGGGCUGGGGGUGGGCGUGGGAGAGGGGUCUACUUAUUAUAACCUGAGAAGGGGUAUUACUGGGAGGGCGGAGGAGGAAGAGGAGGAGGAGGAGGAGGAGGAGGAGAGGUGUCACUCCCUGGAUACUGUCGACCUGAACAAACUGAGGCUGGGUACAGGGCUGGGGGUGGGAGAGGGGUCUCCUUAUUACAACGUGAGAAGGGGUAUUACUGGGAGUGCAGAGGAGGAAGAGGAGGAGAGAGAGAGGGAGAGUAUGGUGGGUAGCUCACAGUGUAUCUAUGCUUUAGUGAGCAAGCCCUGUGAGACCCAGCCACUGCCUCUGGUCCGGUCCUUGCCUCAACCUCAAACCCAGUCCCGGUCUAUGCCAAACCUCUCCCGCCUGCAGGCCCAGGCCCAGCUACAGGGGGAAGAGGAGAUGGGCUCGGGGUGCUCCAUCACACCCAACCAGGACCCUAUCAGUUUUAAACAGAAGCUCUCUGACAUCCUGGGUAAAGAUCUGGCUAAGUUUCAGCAGCCCCAGCAGCCCUUAACCCCCCUGGCCACAGUGACACCAAGAGGCAGUGGAUACUAAUAUCUACUGUUACUGAAAGACUGUGACUGUUAUACCAGCUCUAUCAGGUCCAUCAGAAC